AUGAUGGUCGAAAUUGAAAAACCACAGGAAGAAGAACUUGAGUUUAUUACUGUUGAACCAGACCUUGGCUCCUCUUCUUCAUCAUCAUCAUCAUCAGCAGCAGCAGCAGCACCAAAGACCUCACAUGAUAAAGAAUCUGUGCAUCCAAAACCCAGUGAUAAAGAAGCUCUACUCACAUCCAUUGGAAAGGCAGUCACUGCUGCAAAACAUCCAGUCGCGUCUUUCUUUCAUUUAUUCUUCAAGGGUCUCGCGUUGAUAUUAUACCUCUUUGGUAGUAUUUUCAUCAGCAACUUUAUUUUACUGUUUGUCAUUUGCAUUUUACUCUUGGCCUUUGAUUUCUGGACAGUUAAAAAUGUGACUGGACGGUUACUAGUGGGGCUACGGUGGUGGAAUAAGAUUAAUGAAGAUGGUACGAGUGAGUGGGUGUUUGAGUCCCAGGAAGACAUGACGGAUAUUGAUCCGCUCGAUUCACGCGUCUUUUGGACGGGACUUUACGGUGCACCGGCACUUUGGAUCAUGCUACUGAUUGUAGCUAUACUUAAGCUCAACGUUGAGUGGGCUCUCAUUGUUGUCGUCGGUGUGGCUCUAAGUGGUGCUAACAUCAUUGGCUACACGAGGUGCAAGAAGGACGCCAAGCAGAAAAUGCAGACACUGAUGUCUCAGGGUGCCCUAGGUGCUUUGAGUUCGUCUGCUGGCUCGUCGAUCAUGUCCACUAUUGGUGGAUUCGCUCUUGGAAGAGGCCUUGGCGGCGGAUUAAGCACUGAGUCUGACAUUGUUGUUUGA